CAAUCUAGUUCCUUCCCCUUGAUACAUUCUCUGCAGGCUCCAAUGGAUACUAUGUUCAAUAAAAAGUUGGCUCUGGUUUUCGUCUUUGCUGCUUCUGUUUUUCUGGUCAUGAACAACAAUGGAGUUGAGGCCUCACACAACAUAUACUCCAGGCUUCAGAAUGCUGCUGCCGUUGAGGUGAAGCAACUCCAUAGAACUGGGUAUCACUUUCAGCCUCCAAAGCACUGGAUUAAUGACCCAAAUGCACCCAUGUACUUCAAUGGUAUCUACCACUUGUUCUACCAGUACAACCCCAAAGGUGCAGUGUGGGGCAACAUUGUGUGGGCACACUCAGUAUCUAAAGAUCUCAUCAACUGGGAAGCCCUCCCCCCAGCCAUAUUCCCUUCCAAACCCUUUGACAUAAACGGCACCUGGUCUGGCUCCGCCACCAUUCUCCCAGGCAACAAACCCAUUAUCCUCUACACAGGACUCGACGCGGACAAGCGUCAGAUCCAAAACUACGCCAUUCCAGCCAAUUACUCCGACCCGUACCUUCGCGAAUGGAUCAAACCCGAUGACAACCCCAUAGUAGUCCCUAGCCAGGAGAUGAACUCGAGCCAAUUUCGUGACCCAACAACUGCAUGGUGGCAUAAUGGUCAUUGGAGGAUCUUGGUGGGUGGCAAGAGAAAGCAUAGAGGGAUGGCUUGGUUGUAUAGAAGUAUUGAUUUCAAGUACUGGGUGAAGGCCAAGCACCCUCUUCACUCUGCUCCCGAAACUGGCAUGUGGGAGUGCCCCGACUUUUUUCCUUUGGCGUUGAAUGGGAGGAGUGGAGUGGACACAUCAAAAGUUGGUGAGGAUGUGAAACAUAUUUUGAAAGUGAGCCUUGAUGAGACUAGGUAUGAGUACUAUACACUUGGAAAAUAUUUUCCCGCGAAAGAUAGGUACGUGCCUGAUAAUACUUCGGUGGAUGGUCGAGCUGGGUUGCGAUUGGAUUAUGGAAACUUUUAUGCUUCCAAGACUUUCUUUGAUCCUUCAAAGAAUAGGAGGAUUUUGUGGGGUUGGGCUAACGAGUCAGAUGCUGCUGACGAUGAUAAAGCUAAGGGAUGGGCUGGAGUUCAGACAAUUCCAAGGGUGGUGUGGCUAAGCCCCGAUGGUAAACAAGUGGUGCAAUGGCCUAUCAAAGAAUUAGAAACUUUGAGGGGGCUAAAGGUGGACAUGAACAAUCAAAAUGUGGAACAGGGACAGCAUGUUGAAGUAAAAGAAAUAACUGCUGCUCAGGCCGACGUUGAAGUUACCUUCUCCUUGGGAAGUUUGGACAAAGCCGAGGAGUUUGACCCUAACUGGGCCAACCUCGAUUCCCAAACAGUCUGCAGCCUAAGGCGUUCCGACAUUCCAGGUGGCGUCGGUCCAUUCGGGCUCUUGACACUGGCUUCUCAAAACCUGGACGAGUUUACUCCUGUCUUCUUUAGAGUUUUUAAAACUAAAGAGAAUAAGCAUAAGGUUCUCAUGUGCUCUGAUGCAAAAAGUUCUUCAUUGAGGCCGUUUAAUGAAAAGUUGUAUAGACCAUCAUUUGCUGGCUUCGUAGAUGUAGAUUUAUCUGCUAAUAAGAAGAUUUCACUGAGGAGUUUGAUUGAUCAUUCGGUUGUUGAAAGUUUCGGAGCUGGAGGAAAAACAUGCAUCACAUCAAGGGUUUAUCCCACACUAGCCAUUAACGAUGCUGCUCACUUGUUCGUCUUCAACAACGGAACUGAGCCUGUUACAGUCCAGACCCUCACCGCAUGGAGUAUGAAUGCUCCUCAACAGAUGAACCAAAACUUAGAAUUCUGA